UCUGUACCACUUUCCUUUGCUUCCCUACUAUUCCACUUACUCUGCUUAUUUUCAUUUUCCAGGUUUUGCAAGGUCCAUGGCAACUGCUAUUCUGCCUUCAAGAAAGUCCCAGAGUGCUUUCCCAUUUUUGACAAUCCUUACACAGAGGUCUACGCGUACGUACUCUUGCUCUAGCACCACCAUCACUUGCACUAAGAGCUUUGGAACACUGGGCUGACAGAAGGGUUGCUCUCCAUUAGUCGGAGUCUUGGUGCCCAUGUUAAGCUGUACUGGACUCUAUUGGCUGUCCAGUAAUUAAGCUCAGGAUAUCAAUCAUUUGAGUUUUUGGUCCUGCUGGCGUCAGUGCUGUACUUGAUGAGGUAGCUGAACUGUCUUUGAUUUCUCCGAUAUUGGGGCACCACAGUUUCAUUAACAUACCAUGUGGACCUGCUACGUGUCUCUAUCUGUCUGCUUGUUUUUCUCUCCUUGACUCCUUUAUUUUUAUGUUUUCCAGCUGAAAAUAAUGACUCGUGUGAAAAGCACAUCUGUGAGUGGGACCGCCAGGCUGCCAUGUGCUUCUCCAAGGUCGAUUAAAACCCAGAGUACAAAAACCUAGACAGCUCCAAACACUGUAAAUGACCUGCCAGCAAACUGAAUAAAGCCUCUAAGCCACUCUGCCUGUGUGCCAUCUUAGUUUUUCCCAGGGGUGAGGUGUGGAGGGGAAGGUGGAGCAAUACUUGAAGGCCAGGGUGUGGCAUGGAGGGUGGGGUCAGGCUGCCACCCAAGGCAUAAAUACUGCAACAGCAACAUUUACAGGGCUGCUGGAUAUUAGGAGACUACGAGAUCUUCGCUAUGCGUGUGGUCACUGUGCCAUUCAUUCUGCUCUGCCUUGGAGUGGUAGGUGCCAGAUUUAUACCCAGUGCCCUCUGGCAGUUUCGGAACAUGAUUGUCUGCGUCCUGCCCAGUAGCUGGCCACUCCUCGAGUAUAACCAGUAUGGGUGCUACUGUGGAUAUGGAGGUUCUGGGACCCCCGUUGAUGACCUUGACAGGUGCUGCCAAGUCCAUGACCAUUGCUACAGUGAAGCGAUGCGACACAAGGACUGCUGGCCAAUUUUUGAUAACCCUUACACUGAGAUCUACUCAUACUCCUGCUCUGAGGGAGCCAUCACCUGUAAUGCUCAGAACAAUCCCUGUGAGGCGUUCAUCUGUGAGUGUGACCGUCAGGCAGCCAUGUGCUUUGCACAGUCUGACUACAACGAGGAAAAUCACAAAGUGCCAAGUGAUAGCUGUAAGGACUGACGUCUGGACUUUAUUGUAUUCCUAAAAUAAAACCAUUAAAUUGAAAAAAA